UCAAAACUUCAGUUCAGAACAAAAAAGACAAAAAGUCAUUUUUCUGAUUGGCAGUAGUGCGUCUUUCGCAAUUUCGUUACAUUUUCGUGAAAUUUCCGCAAAUAGUUUUUGAAAAUAAGUGCAUAAUUGUGUUUGAAAACUAGUUCGCUGCAAACUGGGUUUUGACGAGUGAGUUUUGUCGUACGUUAGUACGAAUUAACGAGAAAUGUCCGGAGCGAAUAUUACACGCAACGAGGUCGUGCAGUUUGUAUUGCGAAUUUCGCUAGUAUCAAUCGUAACCUACUACUCGGCCAAAUGGCUUAUGAAGAACUUGGAUCCGACAAAUAAAAGCAAGAAAAAAGCAAUUGAAAAAGCAGAGGACAUUCUUAGAAAACUAAGCCCUAACAUAAAAAAAUCUGCACUUACCAAUCUAAACGAUUACGAGCUGGUAAUCGCGUCUCAUUUGGUCGUGCCGGAGAAUAUUAGUGUCAGUUGGGAUAGCAUUGCCGGGUUGGAUCAUGUUUGCCAGGAAAUCAAGGAGAGUCUCGUGUUUCCCGUCUGUCAUCGGGAUAUGUUUUCCGCAUCAUCAUUGUAUCAGGCACCGAAGGGAGUUCUCCUGUAUGGACCACCAGGUUGCGGAAAAACUUUGAUCGCCAAAGCUACCGCCAAAGAGGCUGGCAUGCGUUUUAUCAAUCUUGACGUGGCCAUGUUGACUGACAAGUGGUACGGUGAGUCUCAAAAGCUUGCAUCCGCUGUAUUCUCAUUGGCAGUGAAGAUUCAACCCUGUAUUAUAUUCAUUGACGAAAUUGAUUCGUUUUUACGAGCGCGUAAUUCUUCUGAUCAUGAAGCGACUGCGAUGAUGAAGACGCAGUUCAUGAUGCUAUGGGAUGGCUUGAAUACUGAAUCUGAUUCUACAGUGAUAGUUAUGGGAGCUACGAACCGACCACAGGAUUUGGAUAAGGCCAUUCUUCGUCGGAUGCCAGCUCAGUUUCAUAUUGGUUUACCUAACGAGGAACAAAGGCUGAAAAUUCUGCAACUGAUCCUCCGUCAAGAACGUCUUGCGCUAGAUGUUGAUUUUAUACAAAUGGCUCGAAUGACUAACGGUUAUUCCGGUUCAGAUUUGCGAGAAAUGUGCCGGAACGCGUCGGUCUACAGAAUCAGAAAAAUUAUGAGGGAGAGAAGUAAGGAGAUGGCAGCGGCAGCAGCAGCUAAUGGUGGAAUUGCGAAUGGAAAUUGCAGCCGAAGUUCUCCGAUUGGAUCUCCUAUUUUAGAGGAACCACCUGCAAUCACCAUGGAAGACCUAGUUGAAUCGUUAAGAAACAUGAGACAUUCAAAAUACAACUCGGGUCACAUUAACGAUGCUCGCAUAGAUCUAGACUAAGGUGCGCUUUACAGCUAACUUUUAGUCAAACGGAUCAGAACGCUUAUUUAGGAAUGUUCAAAUUUUUAAAUAUAUUUAUGUUCCAGCGCUGUGCGGUUUUGAUUAACCUUUUUCUCCUAACUAAUGGAAGACCGGGAAACUAAAGUGCCCCGGAUUUGCUCCAACACUUUUGUUAUUUGGCACAAGUUAUUUGCUAGUUACAGAAGUAAAACUAUGUUUAGGUACCAGAUAAAAAUUACAUUGCAAGUUGAAUGAAUAAAACGAAAGAUAAGCAUAUAAAAGUAGCUGUCAUUAGAUUUUAAGACAUUAGAGUCGGUAGAGUGUAUGAAGUUUGAUUAUUCUUCGACAGUCAGUCAAGUAGUGUGUAGAUAUUUAAUUGUAGAUGAGGAAUAAUAUUCCAAUGGAAAAUGAUUCAAGAAACUAUAUGGGAUUGGGCACUUUAUUAAAGUGUGAGUUGAUAUAUAAGGGCGUAAUCAAUUUAUGUAGGAA